CCGUGCAUCCGGGAUUGUGUUAUCAUUCCUGUCCCUAAAAGCGGGAAGGGUCCAACAAGCAGUACCAAUUAUCGCCCGAUUACACUUGCUUCUACCUUAAGCAAACUGAUUGAACAUGUCAUUCUUCUCAACUAUGGAAAUCUUCUUCAUAGUAGUCACUUGCAGUUUGGAUUCAAGGCUUGCUCGUCUACCACCCUGUGCUCAGCCCUCAUGAAAUCUGUUGUUUCUCGUUAUAUAAAUAAUGGUUCCAAUGUCUUAGGCUGCUUCUUGGAUGCGAGCAAAGCAUUUGCUAGAGUAGAUCACGGACUUCUUUUUCAGAAACUAGAGAAGAGAGGUUUUCCACCAGCAAUUCUGAAUUUUCUUAUCCAGUGGUACAGUAUGCAGAGGAUGAGUGUCCAGUGGAAUCAUGACUGUCUCUCUGGAAGCUUCAAAGUGUCUAAU